CACCUCCAUUCACCGGCAUACCUCCAGAGCCCAUUUAGCCAUGUACUUCUCUCCGGCCUUCGUCCUUGCUGCUCUCCCAUUCUUGGCCUCAGCCACCCCUGUCGCCGAGCGUGUUGAGGCUCGUUCUUCAUCUAUCACCGUUCCGCUCGCCAAACGCAGCGCACUCCAUAACCAGGAUGGGACCGUGAACACGAAGCUGCUUCGUACUAGCGUGUCUCGCUCGGUUUCGAAGAUUUCCAAGGGCUUUGAAAAUUACGAGAAGAACACUGGCUCCCCUCACCCACUUGCAUCUGGCAUGAAGGCCGCUCCCUCCAACAAGAGGGCUACCGGCAGCGACGCCCUCACCGAUGACGAAGCCGAGCUCUGGUAUGGUACGAUCUCUGUUGGGACUCCCGCCACGAAAUACACUGUCGACUUCGACACCGGGUCUAGCGAUCUGUUCCUUCCCGGCCCCGACUGCGACUCUUCGUGCUCGGGCCACACGACCUAUGAUCCUUCCUCGAGCUCAACUUCCAACGACGUCGGCAAGACCUUCUCGCUUUCCUACGGCGAUGGGUCCACCGUUAGCGGCGAGCAGUACACAGACACCGUCACCAUCGCUGGAUUGACCGCUACUAAGCAAACUCUCGGCGCCGCAAAGACGUAUUCCUCUGGGUUUGAAAGCUCCAACUUCCCGGCCGAUGGCCUUAUGGGCAUGGGUUUUAAGAGCAUCUCGGACUACAACGCCAACCCGGUCUUCCAAACGCUUGUUGCCAACGACGCAGUCGAUGACUCGGUAUUUUCCUUCAAGCUUUCGUCGAGCGGAGCUUCCCUUUUCGUUGGUGGAUCGGACACUAGUCUCUACAGUGGCGACUUCACCUACGUGCCUGUUACACAGGAGGGGUACUGGCAGGUUGAUCUGGACGGCGUCGCGGUGGAUGGGGAAAUUGUUGUUAACUCAAUCUCUUCCAUCAUCGACACUGGUACCACCCAGAUCGUCGGCGACGAGGAUAACGUCGCUGCUGUCUACAAGCAGAUUUCUGGUGCCACCGAAGCUUCCCAGUACGGUGACGGGAUCUACACCAUCCCUUGUGAUUUCAACACCCCGUUGUCGUUGACAUUCGGUGGUCAAGAGUUCACCGUCGACCCUAGCACCUUCAACCUGGGCAAAGCUGACUCCAGCGGCUCGGCUUGUAUCGGCGGUCUUGCCUCAGACUCUUCGUUAACUAACGAGUUCUGGAUUGUCGGCGAUGUGUUCUUGCAGAACGUGUACACCGCGUUCGAUGUUGGAAACUCGCAGGUUGGAUUCGCUACGCUUGCUUAAGGAUGCAGUGGAGUUUGGAUGGAUGCGUUAUGCCACUGAUUGCUGAGACUCUUCCUGUUUUGCAUUUGCUUCCCGUCUCACUGGUCUUACGAACUGUUAUGGCAUACGUUAUUGUUGUAGUUGUUGCGUUUCUGUCCUCGCAAUUAGAUACUUUCCUGCUUCGGGUUUCUUAGUCGAAAGAAACAUGCGUUCGAGUG